AUGUGGGAGCGUACUCUUCAAGAUCUCGUCCGUGGUCUACGCGCCAACAAGAAGGAUGAAGCCAAAUUCAUUGCGAAGGCCGUCGACGAGAUCAGGCAGGAGAUCAAGAGUGACGACAUGCAGUUAAAAGCCGGGGCCGUUCUCAAGCUUACAUAUCUGGACAUGUUAGGAUAUGACAUGAGUUGGGCUUCAUUCCACGUCGUUGAAGUCAUGUCAGCUCCUAAAAUCCACCUCAAGAGCAUUGGAUAUCUUGCAGCUGCGCAAUCUUUUGAGCAAGACACGGACGUUCUCAUGCUCACAACAAAUCUGUUAAAGAAGGACCUGACUUCUACACCAGCCGACAUUGCCGUAUCUCUUGACGGUCUUUCUCAUAUCGUCACGCCGGAACUAGCUCGAGAUCUCUCUCCCGAAUUAGUCGCAAUGCUGAAUCACUCGAGGGCACACAUACGAAAGCGCGCAAUACUUGCUCUUUACAAAGCCCUUGUCAAGUAUCCUGAUGCCAUUCACCACGCAAGAGCUCGUCUCGAAGAGAAGCUAGAAGACCCCGACCCUUCUGUCAUCGCCGCUACAGUCAAUGUCCUCUGCGAACUUGCUCGGAAAAAUCCACAAGACUACUUAUCCCUUGCACCUCAGCUAUUUCAUCUCCUCACCUCCUCAUCCAACAAUUGGAUGCUCAUUAAGAUAGUUAAAUUAUUUGGCUCCUUGUCCCCUCAUGAACCACGGCUGGUCAGGAAGCUACAACAACCCAUAACAGACCUCAUCUCCACCACCCCUGCUAUUUCACUGUUGUAUGAAUGCGUACACACAUGCAUUAUUGGCGGAAUGUUGCAUGGCCCUUCUGGGAACAGUCUUGCACAGACUUGUGUUUCCAAGCUGGCUGCUUUUAUUGAAGAUGCUGACCAGAACUUGAAGUACAUCGCCCUUCUGGCAAUGGCAAAGAUCGUCCCCUCUCACCCACAUCUCGUAGCCGACUACCAGGACACAUUCUCUCGAGCGUCAACGACCAAGAUGUCAGCAUUCGUAUACGCGCGCUGGAGCUAG